AUGAAUCGCGCCUUUUACAAUCACAUCAGUGUGCCACACCUGGUAUUGGGAAACCGGGAAAAUGUGUGUAUAUGCUUUCUGUAUAUACAUAUGUGUAUAUACGUGUGUAUGUUUUUGCAUGUGCAUGUUUGUAUGCAUGUGUAUAUAUGCAUGUGUGUACAUGUAUAUAUGUGUAUUUGUAUAGAUGCAUAUGUGUAUAUAUGCAUGUAUGUGUAUAUAUGUGUGUAUGUGGAUAUAUGUGUGUAUGAAUGUGUAUAUAUGUGUUUCUACACGUGUGUAUAUAUGUAUGUUUAUAUUUAUUUUGUAUAUUCCCUGAUUCACAAAAGAGACGCUAAGCGUAAUCUUCUGACUUGA